AUGUCUGAGAACUGUGAUUCUCCACCCCAUUCUAACACUUACUCUCAAUGUCUGCCAGAUAAAGAUAGAGCCUCGUCUGAACCACGUUUGCUGCCUCUAUUUCCGGUAGAGGUGCCAGAUGCCCAUCAUGAUCUGGUUUCAGGUUUUUGUCAGGCUCAAAUGCAUCAAAUGGUGCUAGAAGUACUUCUGACACGAACAUCUGAAAUACAGGGAAUAGCACCUGCGUCCGUAGACUGGUGGGACAUACUAAUGACGAGGAGCUUUAGAAAUAUGGAUGGGUUGGUACUUAGGACUUGCCCUUGUGGGGAACUUGGGGUUAACUGUGGAAACCAUUCCACACAAACACAGUCGUCACAAUAUUCUGAGUUUGUCGGAUCGACAGCUGCAGUGGUGCUUCUGUCAGAUAAUCAGAUUAUAGUAGCUAAUUGCGGAGACUCGGGUGUUGUUCUGGCUAACAAUGGAAAUACUGUUCCACUCACCCAUCCUCAUAAGCCUGACCGUCCGGACGAAUGGGCAAGGAUUGAAGAACUUGGAGGACCAAUAAGUAGAUCUACUGAUGGGAGAGUCAAGAUCGAUGAUCAUUUGCUAACCACCACUCGCGCAAUUGGAAAUAGGCAUCUAAAAGAGUAUCUCAUUCCGGACCCGGACGUUACCUUGAGAACGAGGGAUUCUAAAGAUGAGUUCUUAAUCAUUGCUAGUGCUGGGUUCUGGGAUGUUGUUUCAACCGACACGGCUUGUCAUGUGGCUCGGGGUUGUUUCCGCCACUCCCAUCCACCUUACUAUGCUAAUGCCGACGAUGCAAAUGGUGAGCCUCAUCAUUUUGACACUCUAGUACCAUCUCUGUCCUUGAUGUAUCCAUCACCAAGUGCAACAGCAACCGCAAUACUUUCCCGUAUAGCUGGUAUACGAGGAAGUGAAGAUAAUAUAAGCGUUAUUGUUAUUGAUCUCAUGAACAAUCGGUCUUGA